AUGGCACCAACUAACAAGGUUCUCAGUCUUCGUGAGCGCGUUGCACAGGCUUAUCAUGAUUACGGACGAUUGUGCUCAGCACAUCCUGCCACUUGUUUGUCCAUGUCUUUGAUAACUAUGGUUGUUUUGUCAUAUCCAACUCUGACUAAGUUUCGUCUAUCUGCAAACAGCCCUAUCAAUGUUUAUUGGGACGACAAACUAUAUUCAGAUUCCGGAGAGAAGUCUGAGUGGUCUCGUGGCUUGCCGAACACUUUUUUACAGCAAAUAGUGAUUCGAGGAGGUGUGGAACCAUGGAUGUCAGGAAAUUUGACCGCUGAGCAGGCAGUUCGUGGACCGUUAUCGCGUGCGUUCUUGGCAAGAAAGGUGAUUUUGAAUCAGGAAGAUGUCGAUGCAUUGUGUUUGCAAAUUAAAUCGGAAGGAUUUCGCUUUGGUUCUCUUUUUCCGCAACAUGGCUGUUUAUUAUUCGAUCCAACAGCAUUUUGGGAACAUUCUUACGAGAAGUUCAAAGAUGAUAAAGAUGUCGUUGCUACAAUUUUUUCGCGCGAAUGUUCAUCUAUUAUAUGUCUUCGCGACCUAUUCUUUGGUAUUCCAAUGGGGCUUACUGGUGUCAAGCAUUCUUAUAGAAGCAACCAGAAAAGAAGUAUCGACUUUUCCCUCACUCUUUUCUUUACCCGGUACAGUAAUGAUGUGAGGUCGUCUCUGGUUGACCAUUUGAUCUCACAAACAGAGUUUGAGUAUGUUCCUCUUCUCCGUGGGGAAGAAGAUAAAUUCGCCCAUGUAUUCUUCCGACCGCGAAAGGCUAUCAUAGAUUAUCUCCCAUUGCUAAGCUCCUACGCUAUUUUCACGUUUUAUCUGUAUUACUCGGCUCGGAAAUUUGAGAUGGUAGCUUCACGAUGGGGUCUUGCACUGGCGGCUGCUUUUACUGUUGGAGCGACUCUCCUGAUGACCACAGGAGUGUGUGCUCACCUAGAAUUGAGCCCUACUCUUUGGGGUGCGGGAAUAUUCCCUUAUAUUGCUCUCAUACUUGGAUUGGAAAACAUCCUUUGUGUCACAAGAGCCGUUGUCUACACUCCACCCUCUCUCGACGUGUCUUCUCGUAUUUCCCAUGGUCUUGCCCAAGAAGGUUACGCACUGUGCAAGUAUUUCGUGAUGGAAUUAUCCUUUCUUGGCAUUGGCUAUGCCACAAGAAUAGCUGAAAUCCAGGAGUUCUGCAUGUUCGCAUUCAUCGGUCUAGUUAUUGACUUUUAUAUGCAGAUGUUUUUCUAUGCACCAUGCUUAACAUUUGAUUUGCAACGCUUACGUUCUGAAGACAAACGACGGUUUGCACAAAAACUUUUCAACACCGAAAUACCUCAUCUGAACGAUUUUGUUCCAGUGAAAUGUCCUAUGCGGAAAUUCUGGCCCCAUUUUUUCGAAAUGAAGCGGUUGAAGAAGCGCACAUUAUCUGAGUCACAACUCGAUGAUAGAGAUAUUCAGGAGGAUUUUGAUAGGAAAGGUCGCUGUCGUUCGAAUUCCGCAAGCCACUCGGAGUGGAGUUAUGGCGGUGCUUCUUUAUCUCGUGGCCCUCUUCCUAGCAAUCGUCUUAAGAUUCUGUACUUCGUAACAAGGACAAGAAUAUUCCAGCGAUCUCUUAUGGUUAUAUUUGCGUUAUGGACAAUAUGGCUGGCUUUCGUUGUUCAUGAACAAAGAAGCUCCCCAUUCAAUGUUUCAAGUACAGCAACAAAUCUUAGCGCAUCCGCUUCCGCAGAACGGACGCCCUCAUAUUGGCAGAAAUGGAGCGAACAUACCUAUAGAUGGUGGUUAACGCUCUUCGCAGAGUUUAGCCUUAGCCAUUCAGGUGGCUCCAUCACUUUCGUGCCGCCUAUCAUCUUGAAAACUUCUGUUGAUCCAUCGGACCCUUGCCUUUAUCCAAGCACAUCAUCAGCGCAACCGCCUCCUCAAAAAUCUCCAUAUCUGCUAGAGGACAGCCACGCGCUUAAAUCUCGGAUUUCUUGGCUGGAAAAACAGCUUCGCAUUUACUUGGCUGUAAUGUGGUUGAUACUACUUUCGAGUGUUAUCGCAUUUGUAUUAUAUGUGUGUUUUUGGGGGCGUUGGCGUACUGAAAGAAUUCGGCAAAAGGAAGCUGCUCUGGAAUCACAUAGAUCUCCUCGAGCUAGUGUUAUGGAACCGAACGUGCCUAAAGGCAAAUCUUUGGUUGAAUCAGUGCCUAUUGUAUUUUCCGGACACCGCUUUCCUAUUGAAUGCAUUGCAAUUUGCAACCAAUCCCGACUUGUUUCAUGCUGUCAAGAAGGAAAAGUUUGUCUAUGGAACCUCGAGACAGGGGAGCGAUUACUAAAGCUGUGUCGAAUUCGAGAUGUUGAAAAGCCCACCACGUGUCUACCAAUAAUCUGGUGCAUCGCGACUAAGCAAUCCAUCACCGUCUGCGGAUGUUCUGAUGGUUCUGUUGAAAUAGCAUGUCUGGAGAGGAAUAAGCUAAUCGGAGUUUACAUUCAAUCUAGUGUUGGAGUUGUUCAUGUGGCUAUAGUUGGAUCACGUGUACUUAUUGCUCGUUUGGAUGGUUCUAUCGAAUUCCUGGAAGUAACAUUAAGUUCUGAGCGGCCUAUUCGCGUUCUCUCUAUCACACUUUUGAACGCUGUUCGCGCACAUCAGAAGCCGAUUUCAUUCUUACUAACAUCAUCACUGACAGCAGUUUCCGCAAGCUACGACCACACACUAAAAUUAUUCGAUCUGCGGUCUUGUCAACUCCAAUCCAUGUUGCAUGCUCACAGUGGCCCUAUAGCUUCAGUCUGCAUAGACAAUGCCGAUAAUACACUGUUUUCCGCGUGUGAAGAGGGUAUAAUCUGCUGCUGGAGCAUGAUAUCAGGCGAAUUACUAAGAACGAUGAAUGUAAAAAUCACAGGCCGGACAUACUUAUCCUGUACAUCUGAAUAUCUCCUUGGCUAUACGGCAGACGGUGGUCUCAUCCUGUGGAAUAAAAAGGAUGGCACUAUUACCAACCGAAUUGCUCAGCAUCCAGCGAAGCUUGAAAAUACAUUUGCUGCUCGAAAUCUCAUUGCGCUGAACAAUGAACUUGCGGUGACAGCGUGCGAAAGUGCUCUCACUUUUUGGGAUUUGGAGCACAAAGCGCUUAUACGGAAGAUCGAUCUGGGAUGUGUGAUCGAUCGGCUGCUUGCUCUGGGUGAUCAUGCAGUGCUAUGUCAGUGUUCAAACACGAUCUACCGCAUAAACUCACCAAUCGUUCGAAUUUCUUAG